CUUCUACUGCUGGUCACGUAAAUGUCGUUAAUCCCGGUUCCUCGAUGGCACUUGAUGAACCGGUUGGACACAAACUAUAUUCAUAAAGACUUGACUGAGAACGAAAAAAAAAAACUUUUUAAUUAUAAUAUUUGAUUUUCUCAGUGAGUGAACUGAAAAAAACAGCAUACGAGGCUUUUGAUUUGACCUAGUUUUCCUUUCCUCCAGCAGUUAGGUGGCUCACUAAUCCGAAGAGAUACUUGUUAGCUAAUCUAAUCUGAGUUAGUUAAUCCUUUCCCUCUUCACUCCAGCAGCAGGCAGGGUAACGGAAUUGAGGAGGAGUGACCACCGUUCUCCGUUUGACUGAGAAGACUCACCCAGUUUGGGGACUCUGUACGUAGAUAGAGUUACACUUUGCCUGAACUAUGGAGGAGAAACUUGGAAGUAGUCAAACGGAAAGGUGACGCGGCUGUGGAGUCUAGCAAAACCAACUUGGACAGCAAAGGUUGAGCACAGUGCAGCUCAUCGGGGCAUGAGAGCCUCCAACUUUGCGCCUUGCAAAGAAACGAAACGAUGGCUGCAUACGGAAGGAGGAAACGGCCCAAGUUACUUAUUUUAAUAGUUGGUGCCAUUUUGCUGGGAUAUGUUACAUUUUUCAAACGCAAGUCGGGGGAAGUGAGCUUGACGAACCGACGGGAAGUCACAGGAGAGGAAGAGUAUGAGCUCCUUAAGAAGCCAGUCUACGAGAAGCCCCCCUUGGAUUUAAACGCUCUGGGAGAACUGGGCAGAGCCGUGAAACUGAAUCUGAACGAAGAGGAGAAAAGAAAAGAAGAGGAAAGUAUCAAAGCGCACCAGAUUAACACUUAUGUCAGUGAUAAAAUAUCACUGCACCGCAGGCUGCCAGAGAGAUGGAACCCACUCUGCAAAGAGCUGAAGUAUGACUACAGGUCCUUGCCCACGACCUCUGUGGUGAUUGCUUUCUACAACGAGGCCUGGUCCACCCUGCUGAGGACUGUUCACAGUGUGCUGGAGACGUCUCCUGACAUCCUGCUGAAAGAGGUGGUGCUGGUGGAUGACUACAGUGACAAAGCUCAUCUCAAGGAGCCACUGGACAAGUACGUCUCAGGUUUGAAUAAGGUGCGUCUGAUCCGGGCCACAAAGAGGGAGGGGCUGGUGCGGGCCCGGUUGCUCGGGGCAUCCAUCACCACAGGCGAGGUUCUGACCUUCCUGGAUUGUCAUUGCGAGUGUCACGGCGGCUGGUUAGAGCCCGUGCUCCACAGGAUCAAAGAGGAGCCGGAGGCCGUGGUGUGCCCCGUCAUCGACGUGAUAGACUGGAACACCUUCCAGUAUUUAGGCCAUGCUGGGGAACCUCAAAUCGGAGGGUUUGAUUGGCGGUUGGUCUUUACCUGGCACACCAUCCCCGACUACGAACAGAAACGCCGACGUUCACCCGUAGAUGUCAUCAGGUCUCCUACUAUGGCAGGUGGUCUGUUUGCUGUGAGGAAGGACUUCUUCCAUUAUUUGGGAACAUAUGACACAGGAAUGGAGGUGUGGGGAGGAGAGAACCUGGAAUUCUCUUUCAGGAUUUGGCAGUGUGGGGGCAGCCUGGAGGUCCACCCGUGCUCCCACGUGGGUCACGUCUUCCCGAAAAAGGCACCUUACUCACGGAGCAAAGCGUUGGCAAACAGCGUGAGAGCAGCUGAGGUCUGGCUGGAUGAAUACAAGGAGAUCUACUAUCAUCGUAAUCCCCACGCACGCCUGGAGGCCUUUGGAGAUGUAACGGAGCGGAGGAUGCUCCGAGAGAAGUUGGGCUGCAAGAGCUUCAAGUGGUACUUGGAUAACAUUUAUCCCGAUAUCCACGUCCCACAUGAUCGGCCAGGCAUGUUUGGAAUGCUUAAGAACCGGGGCAAGACCAACUACUGUUUUGACUACAACCCUACAGAUGAGAAUGCGGUGGUGGGCCAAAGGGUCAUCCUCUAUCUGUGUCAUGGAAUGGGCCAGAACCAAUUCUUUGAAUACUCUGUGAAUGGUGAGAUCUCUUACAACACAAGGGAACCUGCUGGAUGCAUCGCGGGUGACAGCAUCAGUACCUACUUGACUGUCCAGCUGUGCAGAAAACGAGGGCAGCCUGUACCUUCAGACCAGAAAUUUGUCUUCAAAAAGGAUGGGAGUUUGUACCACGUCCACAGCCAGAAGUGUGUUGAGGCAAUAGACAAUACAGACAACGGGACACCAGCACCCUCACUCCAACCCUGCUCUGAUAGCCUCCACCAGAAGUGGUUCUUUGAAGAGAAAAUGUAAUACUCCAACCCUAGGAUAUGUUUUUCUUAACCUUAACGGACGUCAAAUGAGGUUGUGCUUCCUUUCAAACUUAAACCUCCUAUAAAUUCUUGCUCACUGGGAGAAAUCUAUCUGUAUUUACUUUCUACAGUACUUACUGGAUACUGCAUAUACACUUGUUGGGAAAACCAAGCCUAUAGGACUAUGCAUUAUUUUUCUCAUUAAAGAGAUGUUUGGAAACUAGUGCUGCUUUGCACAUGGGAAUAUUUUUGGGGGGCUGUUUUUCAUUUACCUACUCCACGCCUGUUGCAGUCUUUUAGUUUGCAUGCAAAGCUUUACCCAGAAAGAGGGAAAGGCACAAAGAAAGCUGUGCAUCCAUAUAGAAAGAAAACAGCGGCUUCAUAAAUCUGUCAGCAAACUCUGACCAUCUUACGAGCUAGCAUCUGGAAUUGCAGUGAUGUUCAGAGGCAUGUCAUGAGGCGUUAUUUUAUAUUCUUGUCUUAUCCUCUAGAGGGGGCUAAAUCUCCUUUCUGUACAUUCCCUUCUUGUAUUGGGCUCUCUUUCUGAGUAGGAAGUGGAACAAUUUUUCAGGUAUUUAGUUGAGAGCCUUUUCAGGACAUUUAAAGUGCUUGUCACUCCUUGCUACGUACCAGGGACUUAA